GACAGUCCGUGUUAUAUAAACCAUUUAUUUUGGGGGCCUUUCAAAGUUUUGAGCAAACGUUGCGUUGUAGGUGUGAAACUGUGAUGUGUGUGUUGUGUGAAAGAUGUGGUUUAUUUUUGUUUGGUGUUUGCAUUAUUAGCAGAGUGGACAAACAGUUGAAAUCCCUGGGAACCGGUUCGGUGAUGGUUGCUCUGAUGAGGGUCCAUUAACAGCCAAAUAGAGACAAGAGCUCCCUAGUAUGAACAACUAUGUCACAGCACAGAACAGAUGUUCCCCGUCCGUUUGACCUGUAGGCUCUCUACAAGUCUGUCUAGAUUACGAUGGAAAUGUGUCUGAAAUUAAUUAUUCAUCGUUUAAAAUAGAAACAUUUUAUUACACUGUGUAAGGGAUGUACCUUAAUUCAAGACACUAUUCAAUUUUAAUGGCGAUUCUGUGUCGGUUACGUGCGUCUAACUUGGUGUUUUCCGAGCGAACAGCCCUAGAAGGCGGCAGCACCCCGGUCUGACCGGGUCUGGACCAUGGAAGCUGGACUACGUCAACAGGCGAGUGGAGACCGUCCCAGCCCUCAGAGAAGCUGAACAGAGGCGGUCACUCCGCAACAUCCCCAGAUGUGGACAGGAGGAAAAGACUUGGUGCGUCUUUGAUCGUUUUCCUGCAGGUGGCCAUGUUGUGUCCGUGCGUAAAAACCUACUGAAGAAGGACUACAACGUAUCUUUGGCUUUCGUUUUUGGCCGGUAGUAGAAGAUGUUGCCGAGAAAAAGCAUCAUCCCGGAGGAGUUCAGUCUGCCGGGGCUCGUCUCCCGCAUGCCCCGCAAGCCCGUGUUCAGGGAUCGCGUGAACAAAGCGCGCUUCAUCGCCAAAAACGGCUCGUGUAACUUGGCGCACAAGAACAUCCGCGAGCAGGGCAGAUUCCUGCAGGACGUCUUCACCACGUUGGUCGACCUUAAAUGGCGCUUUACGCUGGUCAUCUUCACCACGACCUUUGUCAGCAGUUGGCUGCUGUUCGCCAUGUACUGGUGGCUGGUGGCGUUUGCGCACGGAGACCUGGACCCGGAGCGGCAGAAUGUGACCCACUGCGUCACCGACGUCAAGUCGUUCACCUCGGCGUUCCUGUUCUCCAUCGAGGUUCAGGUGACCAUUGGCUUUGGAGGACGUAUGAUAACAGAACAGUGUGCGACUGCAAUCACUGUCCUCAUCCUGCAGAACAUAGUGGGGCUCAUCAUCAAUGCCGUUAUGCUGGGGUGUAUCUUUAUGAAGACAGCUCAGUCAAACCGUCGAGCAGAGACACUGAUCUUCAGCCGUCACGCUGUGAUCGCUGUCAGAAACAACCGCCUGUGUUUCAUGAUUCGGAUCGGGGAUCUCAGGAAGAGCAUGAUCAUAGGAGCCACCGUCAGGUUGCAGGUGGUGAGGAAGACCACCACACCGGAGGGGGAGGUGAUCCCGAUCCAUCAGAUCGACGUACCGACAGAAAGCGCUGUGGCCAGCAACAGCCUGUUCCUCCUCGCCCCGCUCAUCAUCUGCCACGUCAUCGACAAAAACAGCCCACUGUACGACCUGUCCGCCAUGGAGCUGCAGUGCAGUGACCUGGAGGUAAUCGUCAUCCUGGAGGGAGUGGUGGAGACGACGGGGAUCACCACACAGGCCCGGACCUCCUACAUCUCCGAGGAGAUCCAGUGGGGUUACCGCUUUGUUCCCAUAGUAACAGAAGAGGAGGGCGUGUACUCAGUGGACUACUCCAAGUUUGGUAACACAAUCAAGGUAGUGACGCCGGGCUGCAGCGCCAGAGAACUGGAUGAGAAGCCGUCCAUCUUAAUCCAGACUCUUCAGAAGAGUGAGCUGUCGCACCAGAACUCACUGAGGAAGCGUAACUCCAUGCGGCGCAACAACUCCAUGCGUAAAGGGGCAGGAAGCACCGGAGGUUUGCGCAGGAACAACUCGAGCCUCACCACGCCCAAAGUCCAAUUCUUCACCCCCACGGACGGAGGCCAGACCCUGAACGCCGUCACCUGACAUGAGGCCCGCCUCCUGCUGGGGAGGAGGAGUCUGGGUGUUGUUGUGUCUCCGGUUCUGAUGGGACUCAUCCUUUCUCUGUUCCCUGCCUUGUCUCGGCUUGUCACCCAACACUUUCACUGCUAAUGUUACCCCAUGUUUACGUGCAUGAAGUUGUGUAGUUCCUAGAGUGACACCCUGCAGUUCAGCCUCACUGUUCAGCCAGUUAACUGAACCCCACAAACCACUGGGCCACUUGUUUCCCCACUGACAAAUUAUGUGAGACACAAAGUCCCCAACAAGCAGGUGAUGUUUGCUCAAAGCAGAGUCAAGUGUAUUUGUAUAAGCAAACAUUACAACUGUGUGUCAGAGGGAACAACCAGCACUUUACAUUCUUACACUCACUCCUGGUAAACUGCAAAUUAACUGACAACAAAUUGGAUAAUCACUUUAUUGUUUAAUUCACUGACUGAGUAAAAACACAGUCGCUCAUUUCUGCUUCUGAACUGUGAGGAUUUGCUGCUGCUCUUCUGUAAUUGAAACUUUCAGUUUUCAGUUGCAGUCCAGUCAGCAACAAAGACCCGACAGUGUGUGUCUGUGCUAACUGCUAUCACCUUUUACACUCACCCUAUAUAUAAGUGGAGAUAAUGUGGCAGGUUUUCUGUUUGAAAACUGUACCUCAUUACAUCAUUACCUAAAUUAUGAAACUUGUCUGUUGAUCUCCUGAGGGGGAACAUGUAACAAAGCUAAGUAGUGAUGUGUAAACCAUCUGUGUCCUGUGUUACCGUGAAAACAA